CGAACUUUAUUGCUAGCAGCUCUUUCUGUUGGUGCAAAUGCCCUUGUCAGUGAAGUUCGCUGUCAAGACAAAGCAAAAUAUCUUUUAAAGUAGGGUUUUGGUUCACAGUUUUGUGCUGAAUAGCAUAGUAUUGCGUUUAGGACCAUGGCUGCUAAGAUUUUGCCUGUAGUCAAGUUUGCAACAAAAGUUACUAUUGCAGGUGGCGCCCUAUAUGUCGCAUAUGAUUCAGGACUUCUUGGAGAUGGUAAAGAGGGUUCUGUCGCCUUGGGCCGAGCUAAAGCUGCCAUCCCACCUGCUGUGGAGGAGUGGAUGAAGUAUUUUGGCUUUGAGCUUCCUGCCACACCGAAAAUUGAGUUCUCGCCACUGGAUGCAUGGAACUCAGGGGUCCAGAAGUCUAUCCAUGCCUUAUCGGUUGCUCCAUCCACAGUUAGUGACUACACCAAACAAGGCUUCCAAUAUGUUAAAGACCUCACAAAAUAAGCAUUUAGAAAUUUAAAGUUAAUAUAAGAUGCUUUUGAAACAUUUCAGUGGAUGAGAACUUCAAGAAGGUUUUCCCCUGCAUAUAUGUCACACUAAAUUCCGUUAUGGAACAACAAUUUGAAUUAUUAUGAAGAUAAUAAUGGUAGAAACCCAAAUUUGCUCUUCACUGAGAGAAAAAAGUUGACAGUUGUAAAGCAUCGAGAUGAAUCAAAAGUAAUUGAAGAUUAUAAUAUAAGUGUGUUCUGUAUAUUGUUAUUCAGCUCUUUUAUUUAUUUGAGAAAUCUCUUUCUGUUCUGGCAUUGACUUUCCCCUUGAUUCGACUAAAAUUCACCCUUUUUAUAUAGGCACAAAAGGACUGCAGCUGAAUUUUGUAUAGUUUAUUAUCCCAUGUCGCUCUCUGUAAUGUAAAAUAAAUCAUGUCAAAUAUUUUGA